AAUACCACAAUGGUCGCAGCUUCCUGGGUCUCCUUAAAAAACUUUCCGUGCAGGAUUGGACUCUGUUAAUCUGUAAACUGCUUUAGGAAAACCCGUGGUGUCUGUCUGUGCGCACCUCUGAAGUAUGGCGCUGUUUUUAGUGCGAACACGUCUGUUUGCGUGCAGAACCAUGACAGCUUCGACCCAGACGUACUGCUCCUCUGUGACUUCAGGCAGGCAGCAUGUAAAUGGAGUGGAUAUGUACUAUGAGCAGACCGGCAGAGGUAAACAUGCUGUGCUCUUGCUUCCUGGUGCUUUGGGAAGCACUCGGACUGACUUUGGACCACAGCUGAAGUCUCUGAAUAAAGAAUGCUUCACUGUGAUUGGAUGGGACCCUCGAGGUUAUGGACAGUCCCGUCCACCUGAGAGAGACUUCCCUCUGGACUUCUUUGAAAGAGACGCAAAGGACGCAGUGGAUCUAAUGACGGCUUUAGGCUUUAGUAAAUUCUCUAUGCUUGGGUGGAGCGAUGGAGGAAUCACUGCUCUGAUUGCAGCCGCCAGGAACCCCAGUUUAAUCAACAAAAUGGUGGUUUGGGGAUCCAAUGCAUUUGUCUCUCAGCAGGAUCUCGAUAUUUGCAAUGCGGUCCGUGAUGUCACCAAGUGGAGUGCGAGGAUGAGGCAGCCAAUGGAGGAGGUGUAUGGGGCAGAACUUUUUGCCAAAACCUGGGAGGCCUGGGUGGACGGGUAUGCACAGUUGGCAAAGAAGCCAGAAGGGAGUAUCUGUAUUGAGCUUCUGCCUUUAAUCAACUGUCCAACGCUCAUCAUCCAUGGAGAGAAAGACCCCAUGGUCGCCAACUUCCACCCACAUUUUCUCCACAAACACGUCAAAGGAUCACGCUUACAUCUGAUGCCAGAGGGAAAACACAAUCUUCACCUGAGAUUUGCUGCUGAAUUCAACAAACUGGUGGAGGAAUUUCUUGAAAAUUGACACACUAGCACAAAAAUCACUAAAUAUUGCAUCACUACUACUCUGUUAAUAUUUACUUUGACUUCACUUAUUAUUCCUUUCUUCCAAGUCUCUGACAGCAGAGCAUGUGAAUAAUUUACUUUUCUGUUCAAAUGUGAAUCUUUUUUUUUUCCUUUUAUAUAGCUAUCAUCGUCAUUUUUUAAAAGAAUCCACCAAAUGAGGGGAAAAUACUAUUUUUAUUCAUAUCCCACGUUCACAGUUAGUUACAGGUAAUUUUUCUUUAUUAAAUUGCUAAGUUUUCAAUUCAUUCAGGCAAUUUUCUAUUAAUCUUUUUUUAAAUUCAAUUUAUUUUGUCUUUUCUUUUUUGUUUUAAUUAGUUUUCCAUAUUUUCUUACUUUUUUAUGAAAUCCUUUGCAGAUGAUCAUAUUCAGAUUUUUUUUUUAUUUUUUUUUUAUAAAAUUGUGUAUUUUGAUCAGUCCGGUUUUCUGAAUGCGAUUUUAUGAAUAUCUACACCUUUUUUCAUCUAUUCUAAAGUGUAUGUUUGGAUUACUUGGACUUUUGGAUGGUGAAAACAAAUACUUAAAAUAUGUAGGAAUGAACUGUUAUCCUUACGUUAUCUUUAAUCAAAGAAGUUAGACGAUAAUUGUUAGUUUGUUUGCAACUAAUAUAAGAAAACUAGAAGCACUCGGAGAGCGCAGACCUCCGCCAAGGCUGAUCAGUGCCCCCCCCCCCCCCCGUGGGCCCCCCCACCCCCGAUC